ACAUAAAUCUAUUAUCACUGACUGAAUGGUUUUUGUUGAUUGCAGGUCAUUACAGUAACAGGGUACACAGGUGCAGAGCGUACACUUCUUAAGAACAUGAUUUUCAUCAUCGGCGCAAAAUACACUGGAUAUUUAACUCGUUCUAACACUCAUAUAAUUUGUAAAAGUCCGACAGGUGACAAGUAUACCAAGGCAAGGGAAUGGGGAAUAUUCUGUGUAAAUGCCAAGUGGCUUGGUGACAUUGUUACCACUGGUUAUCCAUCGCCAUGUAAUCUUGUGAGGUACUCAACACUAGGUGAGCCAAAUGAGCUGGAUAUAUCUCAAGAUCUUCUGGUCAGAGAGCUAAUACUUCCCUGGCAGACUUCUGCAGAUGGUUCAAGUAAUGAGAUGGCUGCUAACAAUGGAAAGCGGAAAUUCGGAGAGCAGAGCACACCUGAAAAUGGCCAGCUAAGAAAAGCAAGGUAUGCAAUAUGA